GGCGCCUCCAUAAAGUCUACAGACCUCUUGAGGACUUCUAAACACGCUUUUUCUUCUUCUUUAGCCCAGAACAAGCAUCAUGAUACCCAGCAAGUUCUCAGUGGAGUGGCUCUCCCAGAGUUUCCAUGAUCAGGAGAAAUGCAGCACAGCAGCUCCUGGAGCUCCACUAACAGCGGCUGCAGGAGCAGGGAAGGCCCCGGCGUCACCCGCCAACAGCUGUGGAUACACCGAUGUGGAGAGUGAUGACAGUGAAGUAGAAGCGGGGCAGAAUCGACGCGUCAGGACCAAAUUCACCUGCGAUCAGAUCUCUGGCCUGGAGAAGAGCUUCAGCAAACACCGCUACCUCGGAGCAACUCAGAGGAGGAAGAUAGCGGAGAAACUGCACCUGUCAGAAACUCAGGUGAAGACGUGGUUUCAGAACCGGCGGAUGAAGCUGAAGCGUGAGGUGCAGGACAUGCGUGCCGCAGACUUCCUCUAUCCCGCUGUUUUUCCACCGAUGACGUCACUUCAGCACCAAAGCGUGGGGUACUACCACCAGCAGCAGCCGCAGCACAUCACACACCCGAUGCUGUUCACACGCUGCUACUUCUAAACGUCUCCUGUGUGGAAUUAUAUUUGUGCGAUAAUUCUAUGCACAAAAGGUCAUGUUUUGAGUACACAAAGUCAUCAUGAUCUUAUGUGUGCAAAAUUGUUAACAAACAUGCAAUGUCACUUUACAUGCUCAAAACAUGACUUUUUGCAUGCAGACUUGUUAACAUGCACACAACCUGCAAUUUUUCAAGCUCAAAACAUGAUCUUUUGCAUGCAAAAUUGUUAACACACAUGCAACAAGCCAUUUUGGAUGGUCAAAACAGGAUCUUAUGUGUGCAAGUUGUUCACACACACACAACCGGCGAUUUUGCAUGCUCAAAACAUGAUCUUUUGAACAAAGAAUUGUUAACGCGCAUGCAACAAGUCAUUUUACAUGCUCAAAACAUGAUCUUUUGUGUGCAAAAUUGUUAAUUGACUUGCAACAAGGCAUUUUACAUGCUCAAGACAGGAUUUUUUUGCAUGCAAAAUUGUUACACUCAUGCAACAAGUCAUUUUGGAUGCUUAAAGCAUGAUCUUUUGCAUGUAAAAUUGUUAGCGCACAUGCAACCAGCAAUUUUGCACGCUCUAAACAUGAUCUCUUGCAUGCAGAAUUGUUAACAAACAUACAACUAGCAAUUUUUUUAUGCUCAAAAAAUGAUCUUUUGUGUGCAAAAUUGUUAAUUGACUUGCAACAAGGCAUUUUGCAUGCUCAAGACAGGA